ACAGUGUUGCUGCUUGGCAGCCACAAAAAUCUGGCAGUGGACUGAAAAACUUUUGUUGAGUGGGCCAGACCGUGAGUUAGGCAGUGAGCGGACUUGGAAGACAGAGAAUGAGAGCUGGUUCGCUGGUCUAGUGGAGGUGCCCUGCUAACAGAUGAAGGUCCAGAAGGCUACUAACAGGAUGAGGAUAGUUGACCACGUGGGCCUACGGGGAUUAAGUGUCAGUGAGAGGUAAAGAGAUUAGUUUAGAAAAACAAGCAGCAUUUUUAACCUUAUCACCCCACCCCUUACAUGCCGAAUACCAUUUCCGUACACUUAGGUUUACUAACAUCCACAGCGACCAACCACCGCUGUCACAGGGAAUCCCGUCAAGCCAAAAGUUCGCACUAUCUGUCAGGAAUAUCUCCUAAUUUAGUGCCCACACACAGUUUCUUUCAUGGAGAUCUGGACACACAGUCGUUGGAAAUUAACUAUCGUACCUUUGGAUGUGCGAUAAAUCAAUGUGGACAACUUUCUUUUCUUUCCAAAUGAGCAACUGUACAUCCAAAAGGACUUGAUCUAUUGCAACAUGCCAUUGAAAACAGGAUCACUGCUCAUUCUGGUGUUGUUUACCCUGCAAGCCACCAGAAUCAAAGCAGAACUCAGUGCAGAUGACUGGAUUCUUGGGAUCAGGAAUGUGAAGUACAGGCACUUUCUGGAGACCCCACGGGCUAUCAAACACCUGCCAGAUGCCGGAGUUUCAUUUACUCAAGACAGUUAUCGAGCAAAGAGAUCAGCGACGUUUAGUACAGGGGUGAAAUUGUGCCCAAAGGAAAGCAUGGCGGAGGUCAUCAGCAGCCAUAAAGCCUACUACAAACUGAGAGUUUGUCAAGAAGCCGUGUGGGAGGCUUUCCGGAUCUUUCUUGACAGAGUUCCUGACACCACGGAGUACCAACAGUGGGUGUACGCCUGUCAGAGAGACUCGCUUUGCAUGGAAGAUUUGGCCAGGAAUUUUAGUAGCACACAGGAGCAUCUUGACAUGGUAGCCAGUAGAGUGAAUGCUCAAUCUGAACAGGAGAGGGCUCUCACACCUGCACCAGGAGAGAAAUGUUCAAAGAGUCCCGCUGAGCCUUUCAUCACAGAAUCUGACAGGGAAACUGGAGCACCAGAUGUUGUCACUCAGAAGCUGGUGGAGCACGUUGUCGAGUUUAGUGUGACUAUAGUAGACCCCGUCUACAGUGUACUACUGAAUGAUAUGGGCAAUCCUCAAUAUGAAGACCUUACUAACAAUCUUCACGAGCAGAUGCUGCAUGUUUUUGACAAGCUUCCUGGGUUCAAAGGCAUUCGAGUGCUGGGAUUUCGAGCUGGAGGUGUAGCAGUGCACUUUGCUGUAGUGUUUGAGACUGAUGGCAUGAGAGUCGCAGGGGAUGCAAGGUCAGCUGAUGAAUCUGACACAAUGGAAGUGCUAAAGGACAUGGUGGCAACAGCACUAAGCGUAGCCACGUCGCUUCCUGUGGACAUGCUUUCCCUAACUUUUGAUCCAGACUCAGCAGUAGAAGAGGAGCAGCAGAACACUGGAUCCAAUACUCCAGCCAAAUUACCUGGGGAAAUUAGUACCCCAUCUACAGAAGUAACCUCUGAAGCAACUUUUGGAAGUACAACCACCUCCUUUGGAGAUCUAGGGAAUGAUAGGACUCAAGUAAACUUGAAUGAGGGAACAACAAGUGGCAUUAUACCGAAAGUACUCAAUACAUUGUCCAAUGUGACCACAAUGGCGACAAUAACACCUCAGACAGCCAGAGAGCUAAUAAGCAGCCCUAAACUUGAGGAAAAUCUCAUCACUAAAGGCACUUUAGGGACAGGAGGAUCUCCGAGAACCACAACAGAGGAUUACUUAUUAGAAAUGGCUGAAGUCCAAGUGGAUGUUGGAAAUGAAAUUGCUGCCACAGCUGCAUCCCUGGACUUCGGUUCUCUUGAAGUGGCAAAAGCAUCUACUUCAAGUCGCCCUGAAAUGGAUAUUGAUAUGACACCGGAGGCCUCUCCAGCAGAGGCAACAUCAUCAAUUGUGGCAUUCCUAACACCCACUGAGCGUCCUGAAGGUGCUUUCUUUCAAGAAGAUGACACAGAACUUAAAGGGACUCCUGCCAAAGGUUUUCCCUCAUACACUUCCAAUCCAAUAGAAAGCCCAGAGUCAGGCUCUCUGGGUGACCACAUACAGCCUCCUUCAGAACUUAUUACUGCAACUCUUCCUGUAGCAAAUCCCUCAAGACUAAUGCCCACCGAAGAACUCAUUUCACAUGUGACCCCUGAGAAUUUCCUGGAUAAAGACGGACAGCCACUCUGGACUGUUUUACCUUCCCAACGUGAAGUUGUUAGAAAAAAUGACACAGACAUAAAAGAGGAUGUUGGACAGUCUGAUAAGGAAGAGGAGAUUCGGGAAUCUGGGAGUGGGUUCUCCUCAGAGACAGAUGAACAUGAACAAUCCUCGGCUCCUCCUCUAGACUUUGUUACCACUCCUUCUGUGAUGGCUUCUUCUAACCAGGCAAAAGAGUUAGUGGUCUUUUUUAGUUUAAGUGUGACUAAUAUGAUGUUUUCGGAAAAUCUUUUCAACAAGAGCUCUCCCGAGUACAAAUCGCUGGAGAACACUUUUCUCGAACUGAAGCAAUUCUCUCAACCGAGUGACUCGCUGAACCCUGAGGCCUCUAGUCAACAGACUGUGAGAGAACAGAGGACAUUAGCUUCAAUACCGCUCCUCCCAUAUCUACAGUCCAAUCUGACUGGAUUUAAGGAGCUUGAGAUCCUGAACUUCAGGAAUGGCAGUGUGGUGGUAAACAGCAAGAUGAAAUUAACUAAACCUGUUCCCUACAAUGCUACGGAGAGGGUGCACUGCUUGCUGGAGGACUUCUGCAAUGCCGCGUCUACGAAGCUGGAUAUGAAACUUGACUCUCAGUCGGUGGAUGUGGGAGUAGCAGAUGACGCAGAUCCAUGUAAAUUUAUGGCAUGUAACGAAUUCUCCCGCUGCGUGGUGAACACGCUAAGCACGGAGGCAGAGUGUCUCUGUGAUCCGGGCUACAGCACUGUGGACGGCCUUCCCUGCACCAGCAUAUGUGACCUGCAACCAGAAUACUGUCUGAACGGAGGGCAGUGUGAAAUCAUACCAGGGCACGGUGCUACCUGCAGAUGUCAUAUCGGUCAGUACUGGCACUAUCACGGAGAACGCUGCAAUGAGAUGGUGUCAGUGCCAGUUGACCCUCUUCUUUUCAUAGCCUGCCUGGUGGGAAGCCUCUCAGUGGUUUGUGCUGUGAUAGGCAUCUUGAUUUUCAUUAACAAGAAAUGUAUACGGACCAGAAAGACCAUGUCACUUGUGCAUUCAGAAUCGCCAUUCUCCUUUGGCAAUACUUUGAGAAUAAAUCCAGUUUUUGAGAAUGAUGAUGGGGUCUUAACACAUGUGUCGAGCAUCCUCUGUCCAAUGAGCUCUGACUCAGGCUCCUUACAUCACUCAGGCCAAGGCACAUUUCGAUCACUUGAAAGUAUACAGCUUAGUAUCGAGAUCCCCAGACAACUCUACAGCGGAAGAUCAGAAAAGUUAGCAUCAGAAAUGCUUGACUUCCAUCAGUGUGUUACAUAUAAUGAGGCAUGGCGGAUGGCCAAGAGGCCUUCUUGCUGUCUGCUGAGAAGUCCUGAUAGUGAAGGCUUUGAAGUGACUGUUUUAUGAUGUCCGGACGCGGCACCAAAGCUCUUCAGUGCUAUUCAAAGCAAACAAAAAGCUGUUUUGUAUCCAUUGGUAGUGAGUGUUUGGUACAACACUUAAAGCUCAUUCAGAGACCACUCAAAGACCAGUUGGGACCCCAAGAAGACCUCCAGAGAUGGGGACUUUGUGACUUUAUUAUUUAGAUCAGUUUUAAUAUUGAUUUUAUUGUACAUGUGUUGGAUGUACUGAACCCUUGUUCCCUCACAAUGAGGUAUUUACAAAUUGAUACACUGGGUGAUAUCUUAAAUGCAAAACUAGAUUUUUGUGUCCCAAAUACAAAGAAUGAAUGUAAGUACACUGUAAAAAGUUGGCACUUAAAGGGCACCUAUUUUAUUGGUAAAAAAUUUUAUUUUGUGUUUUUGGUAUAAUUUUUUUUUAGGCGCAAUGCUAAUGGAUUUAUCAGAU